UUCUGUUUCCAUAUAUACGCCCCUUCCUGCUUGUUGGAAUGCCUUAAGAAUUGAAUCCCUCCCAGAAAUCUGCAAAAUAACCUCUAAUCACUGGAACAUUACAGAAGAAAUUGGAACUGUUUUUUGGCCAGACAUUUUUAGUUAAUGCCAUACUAAGAAGUUAGGCAGACCAAGUCCAGUUUUGUUCCAAUCUCUUUGAGGGCAGCAGCAGCAAAAUGCCAUUCCAUGGAAUUGGUCUUCUUGUGUGUGUUAUUUGUGUGACACAAAUAGCAGCUCAACAAAACGCCAGAACCAAGAAAAAGCCAGAACCAAGAAAAGAUGCUGUAAGCCUCAGAAUGAUUGAAGACAUUAAAGAGCAACUAGAGAAUCUUUCCCAAGAGGUGGCCUUACUAAAGGAAAAACAAGCACUUCAAACAGUUUGCCUGAAAGGUACAAAGAUCAACCUAAAAUGUGUCCUGGCUUUUUCCCAUGCUAAGACCUAUCAUGAGGCCAAUGAAGAUUGCAUUUCCCAGGGUGGCACCCUUAGUACACCACAGACAGGUGAUGAAAAUGAUGCUCUCUAUGACUAUGUGAGGAAGACCCUGGGGAAUGAGGUGGAAAUUUGGCUUGGCAUCAAUGACCUGGCAGUGGAGGGCAAAUGGGUGGACAUGACAAGCAGCAGCAUUAGCUAUAAGAAUUGGGAAACAGAAAUCACCACCCAACCUGAUGGAGGGAAGCAAGAAAACUGUGUAGCAUUGUCUGCAGUGGCUGUGGGAAAGUGGUUUGACAAGAGAUGCAGAGAUCAGUUGCUCUAUGUAUGCCAGUUCAUGAUUGUUUAAUAGAUUCAUCUCAGGGAAGGUUUAAUCAGUAUAAUCCAUUGAUCCCUCGAGUUUUGUGUGUGCAUCUGUGUUUACUUAAACAUAGAUAUAUAGAUAUUUAUGAUGAGACACAUACCUAUGUAUACACGUUUAACAAAAAAUGUAAUGGCAAUGUAUUAUAAGGAAUUUGAUCUUUACUGCACUUUAACUGGUUAUAAGCUUAGAAGCAACAUUAUAUUUACUUAGCUACAAAUAAUAAAUAUCUAUAUUUUUACAUUUAGAAUUUAUUACAAAGACUUCACAUUGGGAACAUUCAAUCUCUGCCAAAGUUUCAAUUUAUUGUUGCAUGCAAUUUUCCUUCAGUCUUCUUUCUUCUCCAGCUAAUCACCCCAAAAAGUGGCUUUUGUUAAACUCAUAUCCUUAUCGGUUGGACUAAAUAGUUAAAUAGUUCAUCUGAAGAUGAAAGUGUUUUUAGCAUCCCUGCUUUCAUUUCAGCGCUGAACUCAAAAGUAAGCAGAGUUGCCUUAGUUUAUUCUAUGUAUACAAUAAGAGAAGAAGCAAGGAAGGAACUAACAAAAAUGUUUUAUGUGUUUUGUUAAAAUAUAUAUUACUAAAUUGCUUGGCUGUAUUUCUUCUACAAUUUUCUUCUGGACAUAUCUAGAUUAAAAACAUUAGGUAAAAAUGAAGAAAAAGUAAAGUGGGGAAAGAAUUGACCUACUUGCUGCAACAAAUUGUACCAAUGCAUAGAAAGAAAAGUGAAAUAUUUCAGGAGGUGGUUUCAGCACCAGUCUUCACUCAAGUAACAUGGUCAUUAGGGGAAAAAAAUCCAGAGUAUUUCUUCAAAGACUCGCAUAGAAACAUCAGGGAGUCAGUCAUCAGCUUGAUUCUGACUAUGGUUCUUGAUCAUUGUGUUUACUUAUUUACACGUAGGAUUUAUUUCCAUUCACAAAGGAGAACUUUUUUCACCUGUUGAAAAGUAUCUGAAUGUGUUUCCCCAUUUACCUGA